UUUCGGAUCAAAACCAAAAGCUGAAACUUAUAAGGGGGUCGGCGGUAUUAAACAAUUGCCCCAUUAAUUGCGAUUUUUCUGAGUCAUUGUUUGUAUGUAAGAAUAUCAUCUUCUUCUACUGAAACUCUAAACAGACAAUACUCUGUUUAUUUUCUCUGUUUCUCUCUUCUCAUCUUCUUCAACACAGAGGAGUGUUUAAGAGUGAGAGUGAUAGACUGGGAAGAAGAAGGUGUAGCCAUGGCUAGGAGCUUAACAUGUAAAACAUCCAUGAUCAUAAUAUUUCCAUCUCUCGUACUAAUAUUCAUCUUAUUCUCAUCACUUACUCAACAACAUCAUGUUAGUUAUUUAUAUUCAUCCUCUUUUCCUUUGCACCAAUCCUAUGUCAAGCAAUACUUCCAUUCUUCUCCUUCAUCAUCAACUAAUGGAAAUCUAGAGCAUGAACCCAUAUUAAAAAUCUCUCCUUCUCCUUCUCCUGAACCUUCAACUGUACCUUCUCCGUCCCCUUCAAGCACAACUUCUUCAGCUGAGUCACCUUCAAAUCAUGACUUCUUUAAUGAACUUCUUUCGAAUUCUACCACUAUUAUCAGUUCUAACACUACAACUACUGAUAGCACUGUGAAAGUUAUUAAAAUGAAGACUAGUGUAGACAAAAUCGAAGAAGGUUUAGCAAAAGCUCGAGAAAACAUACGAGAUGCCGUUCGAUCUCGUAACGUAACAACAUCAGAUGGUAGAGACGAUUUUAUUCUGAAAGGAGCGAAUAUCUACAGAAAUCCAUAUGCCUUUUAUCAGAGUCAUGUCGAGAUGGAGAAAAGAUUCAAGGUGUGGACAUAUAAAGAAGGAGAACAGCCUUUAGUACAUGAUGGACCUGUAAACAACAUAUAUUCGACUGAAGGACAAUUUAUUGAUGAAAUGGAAAGUGGGAAAAGCCUGUUUAUAGCUAAGCAUCCAGAUGAGGCUCAUGCAUUUUUCCUACCGUUUAGUGUUGCUAACGUUAUUCGUUAUAUCUAUAAGCCAAUUACUAGCUUCUCCAGGGACCGUCUUCAACAGUUCGUCGAAGACUAUGUUUCUGUUGUUGCGAAUAGGUACCCAUAUUGGAAUAGAAGCAGCGGUGCCGACCACUUCAUGGUUUCUUGUCAUGAUUGGUCACCCCAAGUCUCUAAUGCACAUCCGGAUCUAUUCAAAAAUUUCAUUAGAGUUCUAUGCAAUGCCAACACCUCAGAAGGAUUUCGACCAGAAAGAGAUGUAACUCUACCGGAAAUCAAUCUCCCGUUCGGACUUUUAGGUCAACCCAUGAUCAGCAACCGCCCGUCAAAACGUACCAUUCUCGCGUUCUUCGCAGGUGGAGCUCACGGGAACAUAAGAAAGGUGCUACUAAAUGAAUGGAGAGGUAAAGAUAAUGACGUUCAAGUUUAUCAGUACUUGCCCAAAAACUUAAACUACUAUCAAUUAAUGGGCAAGAGCAAGUAUUGUCUGUGUGCAAGUGGAUAUGAAGUUGCUAGCCCUCGAGUAGUUGAAGCAAUACGCGCAGAAUGUGUUCCGGUUAUUCUAUCAGAUAGUUAUGUGCUACCAUUUAGCGAUGUUCUUGAUUGGAGUAAGUUUUCGGUUAAUAUUCCUGUAAGGGAUAUCCCAAAAAUUAAAGAAAUUUUGCAGGCAAUACCAUUACGUAAGUACUUGCAAAUGCAGAAUAGAUUGAAACAAGUUCAAAGACAUUUCUCUGUCAACCGGCCGGCAAAAAGAUUUGAUGUCAUUCAUAUGGUUCUUCAUUCGGUAUGGUUAAGAAGGCUUAACAUUGGAUUAUUAUCUUGAUUUGUUUGUUUAAGUAAUAGUUAGUGAAAAUUCAUCUAGUCUGUUUUUUUUUUUUUUUUUUUGGUAAAUUUGAUUGUAAAUAUACAUGUACUAACCAUCCUAAUCUAUCAAUAAAAAUUGAGAUAUAUUGGGUGGUUAAUCGAU